AUGGAUGAAUUAAUUGUUCCGUUGUCACCGCAGAUGGCCGGCGUGAGAAGCCAGACCUCACUCUACGAGUGGUAUUCCGAAGGGGGAAUCACAGAACCCCUGAAGGCAGAAGGAGAAUUCUUCACCCUCAACGGCAAGAAGAUCCACAUCCUCAGCGGCUCCAUCCACUACUACCGGGUCCACCCGGACUACUGGCGCGACAGACUCCUAAAACUCAAGGCCUUGGGCCUCAACACCGUCGACACAUACGUCCCGUGGAACCUGCACAACCCCAGGCCGGGCGUAUUCGACUUCGGCGACGGAAACGAGCACAUGUCUCCCUUCCUGAACCUCAACACUUUCCUCGAGAUCGCGAAAGAGCUGGAGCUGUUCGUGAUCCUUCGUCCCGGGCCCUACAUUUGCACCGAGUGGGAUUUCGGCGGCCUCCCCAGUUAUCUACUGAGAACGUCGAUGAAGGUGAGAACUUCGGAUCCAGAAUACGUGGCCCCAGCCAAGGAAUAUCUUCGAGUCGUCAGUCAAAAUGUCCAGAAUUUCGUCUGGAACAACGCCGGUCAACCGAAUCCUAUCAUCGCCGUCCAGGUGGAAAACGAGUACGGCGCCUUCGGCUACGACGACGGCAUCCGCGACACGGAAUACCUCGAGACGGUCAUGUCGAUCCUGCAAUCCAGCGGAUUCGGCUCCGACGUCCUCCACUUCCGACAGCCCCCUCGCCACCGGGACCCUCGGAGCCAUCCCCGGCGUGCUGAUGACGGCCAACUUCUGGAACAACUCCGAUGCGCAGUUCGACGAGCUCCUGCGACUCCAACCCGACCGACCCCUCAUGGCCACCGAAUUCUGGACCGGGUGGUUCGACCACUGGCUCGAGUCGUACCACCAGGGAUGAGGUCGGAGCUGACCAAGAUGCUCCAAAGGAAAGCGUCGGUGAACUUCUACAUGUUCCACGGGGGAACCAACUUCGGUUUCAUGAACGGGGCCAACGCGUUCAGCUUCUGGCCUUACUACGCACCCGACGUCACGAGCUACGACUACGACGCCCUGCUGUCAGAGGCCGGCGACUACACCGAGAAGUACGAGGUCGCGGCGGAGGUGAUCCGAGAGAAAUACGAGGGCUCGACCGGGGGCCUCCCGCCUCUGAACCAGCUGGAGCCGGGACAGAGGCCGCCCGAGACGAACAAGAGGGCCUACGGUACCAUCAGCGUCACUCACUACAUGGAAUUUGACGAUAUCGUCGACCUCAUCGGCCAGGAGAACUUGGAGAACCCAGAGAUGGGGGGUCCCUGGCCGAGCAUGGAGGAGCUGACACUGGACGCCUCGGCCGACGUCGGUCAGCAGUUCGGCUUCGUCGUCUACAAGCUCGCCGGGAGCGUGAAUGCAGGUGCCGGGCUCAAGGCCCGGGGACACAUCCGCGACAUGGCCUACGUCCUCGUCGGUGGUGCCGUCGCCCAGCGAGGAAAGAUUUACACACACCAGGCCCUUUUCCACACGCCGUACGACUCGUCGCGAUCACGACCAAACGCGAAAUCUCCUGCCAACAGGGACAAGGAAUUGACGAUCCCCUCUUCGGGCUCGUCCCUGGCCCUCAUGGUGGAGAACCUGGCCCGCAACAACUUCGGGAAGCCGCACCAAUUCGAGCAGCGGAAGGGACUGCCCGAGGGCCCGCUCUUCCUCGACGGGGUGGAGGCCACGCUCGACGGGAUCGUCGCUCUACAGUUCACCAAGCAAGACCUGCAGACGCUGACGGAGAACACGGAGCUCUGGUCGCAGAUGCCAGCGGGUGACCCCUACUCGCCGAGACUCUACAGAGGGACGUUGACCGUCGAUGGGGAACCGGCGGACACGUUCCUCAGUCUUACCGACACCUGGAUCAAGGGAGUCGUCUUCGUCAACGGGUUCAACCUGGGUCGGUAUUGGAACGUGGGGCCUCAGAAGACGCUCUACGUGCCAGCCCCCAUUCUUUUUACUGGGGAAAAUCAGAUCGUGAUCUUCGAGCUGUACACCGGCGGCGAGGGACGGCUGGAGUCGGUGAACGAGCCGGACCUGGGACCCCCGCUGCCGCCGGGGAAGGACGGCGGCGUGUCCCAGACACAGCUCUUCAGUCUGCGGCCGCGCUGAUUCGCGGACGCUUGUCCAUUCCCUCUCGUGCGUUCUCGAUGCUCUUUGAUAAA